AGAAGCUCCCUGCAAAGCCUCCGCCUCCCUGCACAGCCAGGAGCCUCCUGGAAUGGGCACUGGACUAUUCUGACAUGGUGAUUCCCUGGGGAGCUGGAAGACAGAAGGGAAAAGGGAGCAGCCUGCAGAGAGCAUCAAAGGAUGAGGGGUGCUAUAAAAGGAACAGGGGAGUCCUUUGCGAGGGAUCUAUCAUGCACUGAAAUGCUUUCUGGAGAAGGUGCCAUGAUUUUCCUCCCCUUGUGCUCAGAUGAAAGGAGCCAGCAAGGACAGUCCUGAAGUGUUCCUGAGGGGCCUUUUUUGUCAUUGUUCCUCUUUCCCCUUGCACAGGGCUAUUUGCUGACCUUUCCAGAGGAAUCUCAGUCCAGCUGAGAAGAUAGUUCUUAAUAAAACAAAACAAAACACAACACUCCCUGCUGUUUGGAUGGGGGUAUACUUUGCUGCAGUUCUUUGCCUGUGACAUUUUGGAAUGUCUGCAGAUACUGAAAAAAACUAUCUUUAAAACUCCCUGGAUUAGGAAAAAGAAAAGGAAGUGGGGUUUUUUGUUGUUGUUGUUUUUUGUUUUUUUGCCAAAAAGGAGUAAGGGAGAGUUGGUAACUUAUUCUUAACCCAGGACCUGGAUGAUCAAAACCUUGGAGUUCUAGGAAUCAGCACUUCAAACCUAACAAACAAACAUGAGAAGGAGUGGCUGUGAGUUUCCACACAAAGGCAGGUUUUAAAGAAGCCUGAUCGGGUCUCAGAACUUGGGGUCUGUAUGAUGCCUGAAGACCGAAAUUCUGGGGGUCGCCCCUCAGGUGCCUUAGCUUCAACUCCGUUCAUCCCUAAAGCCACAUACAGAAGAAUCAAACGGUGUUUUAGUUUUCGGAAAGGUAUUUUUGGACAGAAACUAGAAGACACUGUCCGUUAUGAGAAGAGAUAUGGGAACCGUCUGGCUCCAAUGCUGGUGGAACAGUGCGUGGACUUUAUCCGACAAAGAGGGCUGAAAGAAGAGGGUCUCUUUCGCCUGCCAGGCCAGGCUAAUCUUGUCAAGGAGCUCCAGGACGCCUUCGACUGUGGGGAGAAGCCAUCGUUUGACAGCAACACCGAUGUACACACAGUUGCAUCACUCCUUAAACUCUAUCUCCGAGAACUUCCAGAACCAGUUAUUCCAUAUGCUAAGUAUGAGGAUUUCUUGUCAUGUGCCAAGCUGCUCAGCAAGGAAGAGGAAGCAGGUGUUAAGGAAUUAGCGAAGCAGGUGAAGAGUUUGCCAGUGGUGAAUUACAACCUUCUCAAGUAUAUUUGCAGGUUCUUAGAUGAAGUGCAGUCUUAUUCAGGAGUUAACAAAAUGAGUGUGCAGAACUUGGCAACUGUCUUCGGUCCUAAUAUCCUGCGUCCCAAGGUGGAAGAUCCUUUGACCAUCAUGGAGGGCACUGUGGUGGUCCAGCAGCUGAUGUCAAUGAUGAUUAGUAAGCACGAUCGUCUGUUCCCUAAAGAUGCAGACCUGCAAAGCAAGCCCCAAGAUGGAGCAAGCAACAACAACAACGACCCUCAGAAGAAAGCCACUAUGGGUCAGUUACAGAACAAGGAAAACAAUAACACCAAGGACAGCCCUGGCAGGCAGUGCUCUUGGGACAAGUCUGAGUCUCCCCAGAGAAGCAGCAUGGACAAUGGAUCCCCUCCAGCUCUAUCAGGCAGCAAAAACAACAGCCCAAGAAACAGCAUCCAUAAGCUGGAUGUCUCCAGGAGUCCCCCUCUCAUGGUCAAAAAGAACCCAGCCUUCAAUAAGGGUAGUGGGAUAGUCACCAAUGGAUCCUUUAGCAGCAGCAAUGCAGAAGGUCUUGAGAAAACUCAGACCACCCCCAAUGGGAGCUUACAAGCGAGAAGGACCUCUUCACUGAAGGGAUCUGGAACCAAAAUGGGUACCCACAGUGUGCAGAACGGGACGGUGCGCAUGGGCAUUUUGAACACCGACACACUGGGGAACCCUGUGAAUGGCCGAAGCAUGAGCUGGCUGCCCAACGGCUAUGUGACCCUGAGGGAUAAUAAGCCGAAGGAGCAAGCUGGAGAGUCAGGCCAACACAACAGGCUCUCCACCUAUGACAAUGUCCAUCAGCAGUUCUCCAUGAUGAACCUCGAUGACAAACAGAGUGUGGACAGUGCCACCUGGUCCACGUCCUCCUGUGAAAUCUCCCUUCCCGAGAACUCUAACUCCUGCCGCUCCUCCACCACCACCUGCCCAGAGCAAGACUUUUAUGGUGGAAAUUUUGAGGAUCCUGUUUUGGAUGGCCCCCCACAGGACGACCUUUCCCACCCUGGGGACUAUGAAAACAAAAGUGACCGGAGGAGCAUGGGAGGUCGAAGUAGUCGUGCCACCAGCAGCAGUGACAACAGUGAGACAUUUGUUGGUAACAACACCAGCAGCCACAGUGCACUGCACAGUUUAGUUUCCAGCCUGAAACAGGAAAUGACCAAACAGAAGAUAGAGUAUGAGUCCAGGAUAAAGAGUUUGGAACAACGAAAUUUGACCUUGGAAACCGAAAUGAUGAGUCUCCACGAUGAACUGGAUCAAGAAAGGAAAAAGUUCACAAUGAUAGAAAUCAAAAUGCGAAAUGCUGAGCGUGCAAAAGAAGAUGCUGAGAAAAGAAAUGACAUGCUACAGAAGGAAAUGGAGCAGUUUUUUUCCACAUUCGGAGAGCUGACAGUGGAACCCAGGAGAACCGAGAGAGGAAACACGAUAUGGAUCCAGUGAGCCUGCUUUCUCCGCUGUCUCUGAUGGCUCUGCAAAGGACUCUGGGGAUUCUGGUGGGAAACAAUAUGGGAUCAGGUGACUGGUCACCUGGCUGUACAGAGGUUUAACUGGUGAAGGAAUGUCAUUUACAGUCAUUAACUAUCCAUAUCUGCAAUGUGUACCAAAGUUAUAUCAUGCCCAUAAUGCUACUGUCAAGUGUUCAACUGGAUAUGUGUAUAUAGAGUAGUUUUUAAAAACUAAACUAAAAAUAAGAAGCAUAUCUCAAGAAUUAUUUUAUUGCAAGUCUCCUAUGUAAAUGUUAAAUCGAUAUGUUGUUGCAAUUUAGCUUGCUUUCAAGCUUCACCCUUGCACUUAACAUAAGCUAUUUUUGGCAUUGUGUUAUCAUCUGCUUAUUUUAUAGAUCAAUAUUUUUAUUUCCCCUUUUGUUGAGGAAAUGAAGAUAAGAAGAAAUAUAAAUAUAUAAAAAAUAUAUGAGAUGAGUUAUUAAAAGCAAAAGAAUACUUUGUGGCUGUGCUGUUUGUGCCAAUAGACCUUGCCAUGACCAAAACUAGAGAUGUAAAUCGUUUUAUAAAAUACUGUAGAAUCACAGAUACCUUUGAACUGCUCUUUAAAUCCUUCUCUUGGCCCAGCUCAGACUUCUUUGCAAGAUAAUCUGACACAGAAACUUUGAGGUUGUGUAAGAAAGUCCCUUUCUCAAUACCCCUGUCUACCUUGCCAGACUCACAGAUGCAAUGUCUCCCAUGUAUGAUGCAUCUUAAGGGGGAAACCUUGGUGAAGAAUGGUAUUUCACCAUUCAUGCCUCAAGUUGCUUUGUCCUUCUGAGCUGAGUCUCUGUAACUGCUGGAUGGCUAUUGGAGGCAUUCUUCCUGCUAUUUGGAAGUUAGGAAAUGAUGCUUCUAACCCAUGCCCCACUUGAGCACCUGUAGCCUCUCCUGGACUGUGGUCUCCUGCUCCCCAGAGAUUGCACUUUGAAAUGAAAGAAAUGAAGUGGUAUCACUGUGACCUCAGUGAAAUCACUGCAAUAUGUAUCACAUAGUGACAUAUUUCUCUCUCUCAGGCUCUUGUCAUCUGGGAGUCUCUCUUUACCACAGAUGGUUAAGGCAGUUUGCAGCAAGAUGGUGGGAGAAGAGGACCAAGAGGAGUUGGGGGAAGUUUGGAAGGAGCAAACUAUUUUGCUUCUAAUUUUGACAAUAUCAUUUUUCUAUAUUGAAAAACAUAUUUACUCAUAAUAAUUUUAAAACAUGAAUGCUUAAAAGUCCAAUUUGGACAAAUAUGUGAACAUCAGAAAUGUUAACUUUCUAGAAAAAUCAAGGCUCUCUGAAGUUAUUCUUUUGGGAAGACAAUUCUUCACACACCAGUCAGUCAAUGAUUUGGGGAAGCCAGGCAAAUAAAUCUCACACUAGAAAACAAAGUCACAAAGGCAUAAUCAGAAAUAAAGACUACUUGAGUUUAUGGAAUUUGUGGUUUUGGAGAUUGAAUGUGUGUUUAUUUGUUUUCAAGGAGUGUGGUCUUUAUAGAAUUCAUUCUUCUCAAUGUUCUGCUUUUAUUUAUCUCUCCCCACUGAGCAAGAUUAUGUGGUCUUUCAGUAUCAAGCAGCAACUAUAUAGCAAUAUAUACUUCUUUAUCUUGACUUAACUUUUCUCUGUCUUUUCAAUCAUGAAAACACAUACAACAGUUACAGGGUUGGGGCAACUGAGGUAACACAAAGGCUCCCCUUCAAACCCUGAUUCUUGAGGUUAAGUCAGUAAGAUUUCAGACAUGUCAUUCAGAGUAACAAGCAUGAGUUUAUUAGAGAGGAUAGGAAAAGGUAAAGGAGAAACUCUCCACGGACAGAGAGGGUCCUCAGAGAGGAGAGUGCCAGUGUGCCUGUUUUUCUUCAGUUUUAUUGAGGGUCUCAGGAAAGUUUCAGAGAGUCUUGCCCAGAUUCACCUCUUGACUUUUGACUGACGCCAGAAUGACAUCAGAUUUUCAAGUCCCUAUUGCCAUGACAACUCUAGGUCACGUAGGUCCGUGCUGACUGGUUCUAAUUGGGCCCUGUUCUUAUAGAUUUUAUGGAUAGGGGUAAUUAUCCUUAUCUCUCUGAGUUCCAGGACCUGGACUAUGUAAGGGUCACAAAAUUCCCCUGCUCCCACAGCCCUCCCACCACUUCAAUAUUCUUAACAUUGGUGUUUGGGCAUUUGGGGCCUGCAUUUCUCCUGCAGAUAACUGGUUGGUUGCUGAGGAAUGUAACAUAUCCUGUGAACUUAAGCCAGGCAGGGCCACAGGCAAAUUGCUUUAUUAAAGUGAAAGCAUGUGGGGGUUAGUGCAGUGAGCCCCCACUGUAUAAUUUUAUAAAAUUAUUCCUUUAACCUCAUGUUCCCACCACUCACGCGUGUCUAUUCCCAAUCACUACCUGGAUGUCCUAUAAGAAAUUCAGAUUCAAAGUGGGCAAAAUCAAUCAUAGUAAUCCCCCCCCUUUUUUUUUUGCAUCUUUCUCCAGUUCCUAUCUUAUUUAAUGAAAACCAAAAAGUUAUAAAAUAGUUAAAAGUAAAGGUUUUUGCAAUCAAACUGCCUGGAUUCAAGUAGUCUACAAUUUCCCCAUUGUCACUGAAUCUUCCAUGCAAAUUGUUUUCCCUCUGUGCAAUUGGAAUAAUAAAAAUAUCACUCCCCAAGAUCUGCUCUGAUUUUAAUGCGAUAGCUUUUGUCAGGCUGAUCACAGAAGCUAGCAUACGGAAGGACUCCAUCAGCAUUAAUGUGUUCUUCCUUCAUCACUUCGCAAUUCACUCGCCAAGUUGGCUAUUCUGCCCAUCUUUGCCUUUAAAUCUGUUCUUUUUGAUCAGAUUUCCUUCAUCCUUUGAUGAAAGCUUCUUAGACUCUUAUCUAGCAUCUUCCCUUUAUUAUCAGGUUGCCCUUGUAACUCACUCAUCUGAACAUAGCUUGGCUCUUCUAAUGACCUUUGAUGACUUUCCCUAGACCAGGACAAAGUUCUUCACAUAGAAUUGCUCCAACCCCCAGUUUCAUUUAAUUUCCUAACACUUUCUGUGACACCUGUCAUACCAGUGGACACCUCUGGAACUUCCCAACUGCUUUUUCUGUGUCCUUGUCUAUCUCCCUUCUCUCUCUUGCAGAGUUCAGUCAUCUUUUAAAAGCCAAAUCAUUGUUAGUUCACCAUGAAGUUUCCUAGAAUCUCAAAGCAGAGUAAGUUGCCUUUUGUGCUCCCAAUUUGUAGAUAUUUAUUUUAGCCUCUCCCAUAUCUUGUGUUUUUGUUGCCAAAUCAGAAAUAUUUCAGGAGGCAGCAAGGUAGAGUGGAAAUAACAACUAGAGCCAUUCAGACCUAGAUAAGCAUCUCAACAGGCCUUAGGCAGGAAGUACAGUUAAGGACAAAUCACUGAACUUCUUUGAGUCUGUUUUCUGGCCUGUGAAGUGAAAGUCACUUCCACAAAGUAGUCGCAUUGUUAUUCUUAAGGGGAGUAGGUAAUAAGCCUAUUCUAGUACCCGCUGCUUCGCUCCAUUGAUAGCUCCUUCAAUAACUGAAGCUUCUUAAGAGACCAGGAUUCAUCUUCUUGAUCUUUAAUCCCUCCCCUCCCCUCUUUUUGGCAAAUGCAGUGCCAGUGCUGAGCAUUCGAAAUGAUUUUUGGAAAUGGAACAUAAUAAUCUUCCUGUUUCUUAACCUUUGAUUUAUGAGGGAUGCUUAGUUUAAUUUUAUUGAUCUCCAUGACCAUGGUCUCCAAUUGAUGGUUACCAUGAGCAGCAUGUCCAUGUGGGUUCUAUUAAUUCAGCUAAAAGCCUUGAAAUUAUCAACUGCAAAAUGACAUAAGAGUAAUUUGGAAGUGAGUUAAGGACACACACACAGUAGUUAGGUAAUAUUAAGAGUUUAUUUGCUAUAUCCUGUUUAUACUUCUUUGAAACUAUGUAACUAAAAUGAUUCUAGAUGACAAGUUCAACAGAAAGGCUUUGCUUCUGUGUUGGUCCUACUAUGUUAGCUUCAUAAAUGGCUGGAUAUCCUUUGUAGAAUAUUGAAAAUAGAAUUGUCUACGUAAUAUCAGACCAACUGGAACAUGGAUUUUGUAUGUUACAUAUUAUGAAAUUAUAAAACAUUCUGACUAGAAUUUAAAUAAAAUCAGUCUUAU